AUGGCAGUGAUGAGCAUGCACCAUCCUUUGGCAUUUACAUCUGGCAUCCUAGGUAACAUUAUCUCAUUCAUGGUGUACCUGGCUCCAGUGCCAACAUUUAUCAGAAUUUUCAGGAAAAAAUCAACAGAAGAUUUCCAGUCAUUGCCGUACCUUGUGGCAUUGUUCAGUUCUAUGCUUUGGCUCUACUAUGCAAUGAUGAAAAAAGAUGCAAUUCUUCUUGUCACCAUCAACGCAUUUGGAUGUGUCAUAGAGACCAUUUACAUUGCCAUUUAUGUCGCUUAUGCAACAAGAGAGAGCAGGGUCUCAACAAUCAAACUACUUGUUUCCAUGAACAUGGGGUUGUUCUCUUCGAUCCUUCUCCUUACACAGUUUCUAGUUGGUGGUUCAGUUCGUGUGAAGGCACUUGGUUGGCUUUGUGUUGCCUUCUCUGUGUGCGUUUUUGCUGCUCCCUUAAACAUUGUGAAACAAGUAAUUCGAACAAAGAGCGUUGAGUUCAUGCCUUUCACCUUGUCCUUUUUCCUUACGUUGAGCGCUGUCAUGUGGUUUGCCUAUGGCCUUUUUGUCAAGGACUUGUGUGUUGCUCUUCCGAACGUCUUGGGCUUUGGCUUGGGGCUACUUCAGAUGCUGCUGUAUGGAAUCUACAGGAAUGCAGAGAAAGUUAUUAUUGAGGAAAAGAAGCAACCAGGUGAAAACUUGAAGAGCAUUGUCAUACUAGGCCCAUUAGGGGCUUCUGAAGUUUAUCCAGUUGAUGCUCAACCUGAUGAAGGUGCAGAGGAGCAUGACCCAACAGAGGAGUCUAAGGAGAACGAGAAAAGCAUGGAAGCUUCACACGAUAACCCCCAAUCAAAUGAAUGUGCAGUUUGA